AUGAAAAAAUAUCCAUUAAUAAAUCACGCAUCAAAUCAAAAAGGUUUAAAGGACCAAAAUAGAAUGGGUCCAGGAAAUAAUAACACUGGGAAAUUUCGUGAUACUAAGCAGUAUAAUCAUAAUGGAAACAAUAAUAUGAAUAAAAUGAAUAUGAGCAAAAUACAUAUGAACAAUAGCAUGUACAAUAAUAAUAAUAAUAAUAAUAAUAACAAUAAUAAUAAUAACAAUAGUGGGGAUAAUGGGAACAAUGUGAAUAGUAUAAAAAACAAUAACAAUUCACUAGGGUUAUAUAUUGAUAACCCUCAAAAUGCAUUUAUUUUUGACGAAAACGAUUUAAAAACAUUAUUUUCAUAUUAUAAAGGUGCAAAAAGCAUAAGAAUAUUAAAUGAUAAAGCAGCAGCUCAAAUAACAUUUAACGACCCAAAUAUGAUACAACAAGUAAGAAAAGAUAUUAACGGAUUAACAAUUAACGAUAUCGGUACUAUUAGGUGCAUUAUACUUAAUGAAGGGAAAGUGAUUGAACAAUUUCUUCCAUUUUCUGCUAAUGAUCCAACUAAUGUUCAGAAUAAAUCAAAUAAUGGAAACCAAGAUAAUGAAAAUACAGUUAAUAUGUUGAAGAAGCUAGCUAAUUUAUUACAAAAUAAUGGAGUAAAAAACAAUGAUGAAAAUAAUAGUGGAAAUAUUAAUAGUGGAAACAGUGGAGGGGUAAAUGAUAUUUCACGAAUUAAUGGAAAUGGAAGUAUGAUGAAUAAUCCACAAAAUGGAAGAAAUAAAAAUAAUGAAAAUAUAAAUAAUAUGUUUACAAAAAAUCAAGUUAAAAAUAAAAUGUCAAAUCAUUCUAAUUAUAACAAUAUGAAUUCUAAUUUUAAUCAAAAUAAUAAUAUAAAAAAUGAACAUAAUGAUAAUCCAUAUGCUACUAAAAGAUUAAGUAGAUUUGAAUUAAUUGAUAUAUUUGGGUAUCCAACAGAAUUUGAUGUUAUGAAAAAAAUAUUAGGUUUGAAUAAUUGCAAUAUAUUAUAUGUAAAUGAAAAUACGAAUAAUAAAUUGUCGAUAGAAAUAAAAGGAAAAGCAUUAAAUGAAGCCCCAAUUGUUGAAAGGAUGCAUAUAUCAGUUAUAGGAGAUGAUUUAGUUUUAUAUAAAAAAGGAAUUGAAUUAUUAGUACAAUUGUUAAAUUCGAUAUUUCAAGAAUUUUGUAUUUUUUGUAAUGAAAAUAAUUAUCAAAUACCAGAAAAUUUAUCUUUUAAAAGACAUGAAUAUAUGUACAAAUCUGAUGGUUCUACAAAAUAUGUAGGUUUUAAAGAUACAUGGAAUGCUGGUAAGGAUAAUUAUAUAAAUGAUUAUUCUUUUAAGAAAAAUAAAAAUUUAGUAAAAAAUGAAAAGGAAAAGAGAAAUCAUAACUCAUUUGGUGGCUAUUUUAACUAA